ACGAUUUUUUAUGUAUAGAGAAUGUAUGUAUUUAAUGUGUACCAUGACACAUAUCUGUGUACUUAGAUAAAGAAAAAAAUGUGAUCUAGUUUAUAGUACUUUGUCAAUUAGAAGCUGCUUUAUUAUAUAAAUUAAACAGGGAUAUGUACUAUUAAUGCAGACAAGGUAGCUAAAUUGAGAAAAGACUGAUAGCGUAAGGGAACACAAGCUGCAAUAUUAAUUUGCCGAAUUAAAGAACGUGUAAAGUUAUGGCCCAAGAAGAACCGGAAAUAAAGAAGCUCAAGCAUUCCGUUAUCUCCAACCACGUCUAUUCUGCUGACUUUCAAACACUGUUUUGCGAACACUGGCAUAAUUUUAAAGAUAUGAAGAAGGAUUAUCUUGAAGUUAUAUCGAAACCCUUUAGAAUAUGUAAAAUUUCCAAUUUUCUUUGCAACGAGGACUUUAUGGAUGAAAUAAAAAAUGAACUGUUGGACGUCAAGAGUAGAAGAAAUAGUAUAGACUUGUAUCAGUUCGAACAGACUAGCGAUCUGUCCAAUGUAGAUACUAAGAACCUAAAAUUUUUAUAUGAAACCUUCCAAACAGAUUUAGCAUCGUGGAUGGAGCAGAAUACUAAGAUAAAACUCAAUAAAAAAAUAUCAUUGUCUAGCUCUUGCUAUUCUGACACGGAUUAUUUGUUAUGUCAUGACGAUAACAUAGGCGAUAGAAGAAUUGCUUUCAUAUUAUAUCUUUCAAAGAAUUGGACCCUGGAUGACGGAGGAACCUUAGAUUUGUUCGAUACGGAUGAGAAUGGAUUACCCAGAAAUGUUGUAAAGUCGCUAGUACCAGAAUACAAUUCUCUUGUAUUUUUUGAAGUUGUAGAUAACUCUUAUCAUCAAGUAGCUGAAGUAACUUCCGCAGACAAGUCUCGCUGGACUAUUAAUGGCUGGUUUCAUGGACCUUUAAAAGACAGUGUCAGACCGCCAAGACCAGAUAUCGAAUUAAACUAUAUAGAACCUGUGAGCCACCAUGUACCUUUGGACAAUUGGAUAAAAUCGUGCUACUUAUUUCCUGGCAUUGUGAAAGAGAUUCAGCGAGACAUGGAACUAGAGUCAUUUGCAUUUUUAUCUAAUUUCCUGAAAGACGACAUUUAUGAGAAACUGGCAACAGACUUAACAUCAGGUGCAAUAGUCUGGCAGAAAGUUGGUCCAGCAGACAUCCGUAAUUAUGAAGUAGCAAAGGAAGACACUUUACCGGAGGUCUUAAAACAAUUUUACAAUAUGUUCAAAUCUAUUUCAAUGUUUCAAUUGCUGAAAGAUUAUACAGAAUUGGAUCUUGUACCAAAGAAGGAAACCAUGAAACCCAAGAUGACAAUUGAGCUACAGAGAUGGUCCAAAGGUUGUUAUACAUUGAUAUCCGAUAAAACGGUCUCUAACGAUUCUACUGUCCCUAUCAACGAGAAGAAAUCAAGUAGCGGAAAUAUAAAUCAAAACGACGAUGGUCAGGAAGAUUCAUUGGACACUCCAAGAACAAGUAAAAGCAAUAAAGACUGCCAAGGGUCGGGCCGUGAUAGCCCUGUAAGCAAUAAAGAGGACGAAGAGAUGAACGAAGACGAAAUAAUGAAGACAAUCCCGAAAGGGAAAUCCCCUCGAACCAAGAAGAAAAAUUUGUCUCAACAAUCCUCCUCGGUGAAAUUAGAAAAUCUCUCGCCCCAAAAACUCGCCAGGGUUUUAGACACCGAUGACUCGGACGUGUCGGACAUUGGGGACUAUUUGUCCGAUCCAUUGGACUGUUCUCUCGAAUGUUCCGAUCAAGAGGAAGACAUGGAUGACACGGUUGGAUCGGAACUAGGAGCUCUGGACGUGAUAAUUCAAUUUCAAACGGGCCACGUACCCGAGGAGGAUACUAUAGACUACGUAGAUCCUAAGGAGCAAGAGGGUGCACUGAUCCACGUCCCCGCGAAGAACAACCACCUGUGUCUGGUGUACAAAACUCAAGGCACUUGUCGCGUUCAUAAAUACGUGAAUCAUUAUUGUACAGAUUACUUCUACAAUUUAAUUUGUACAUACUACGAAUAAUCCCGUUGGCUAGUUGGGAAUUGUACAAUGAAUCGUGAGCGAGUCGCGUUCGCUUGACAAAUGUAUCAUAGUAUUCGUAUUAAUAAAAAUUG